AACUUUGAGGUCAAACUAACAGACCUGUCACUACUUGGAUUGUUUUCCUCUUUUCUAUGUUAACAGUUUUCUGGUUGUUUGGUUUCACCUUGAGCUUGGUCAUAUUCCUCUUCCCCAUGCAAUUCUCUUUUCUAUCUUUCAGUUUUCUUGGAACUCUGGAAGGAUUUCUGGAGAAACUGCUGUGGACUAAGCUCUUUCUGUCUCAUUGACAAGGACCAAUGUCCUUCAUCUGUAAAGAUCUGAUACACCUGCACUGAUACACAGAACAACACACUCUUCAAUCUCAGUGGCCAUUUCUUUCAGAUUUCAUUUUGGCUACAGCUCUUCAAGAUGGUGAAAUAAAGAUCGAAAAGACAGAGAACUAUGGGAGUGAGAAAAAUGAAGUUGACAUACAAGGAUAAAUUGACAGUGACUGUUCCCUCGCCAGUGCCAGCUUGUGAGCCCGAGCCCAAACCAAACGGGCACUACGCAGCCCCGCGGCUCUCUGUUUCCUCCCGAGCAACGGUUGUCGCUACCAUGGAAGCGCCUUCACAGGGCCUGCAGACGGUCAUGAAGUGGAAAACGGUGGUGGCAAUUUUUGUCGUGGUUGUAGUUUACUUGGUGGCUGGAGGACUCGUUUUCCGUGCCCUGGAGCAGCCCUUCGAGAGCAGGCAGAAGAAUACCAUCGCGCUGGAGAAGGCUGACUUUCUUCGGGAACACGUCUGUGUAACCCAGCUAGAGCUGGAGACACUGAUCCAGCAUGCUAUUGAUGCAGAUAAUGCGGGAGUCAGUCCCAUAGGAAAUUCUUCUAACAACAGCAGUCACUGGGACCUCGGAAGUGCCUUUUUCUUUGCUGGAACGGUCAUCACAACAAUAGGGUAUGGAAACAUUGCCCCAAGUACAGUUGGAGGCAAGAUUUUCUGCAUCUUGUAUGCCAUCUUUGGAAUUCCACUCUUUGGCUUCUUGCUGGCUGGGAUUGGAGACCAACUUGGAACCAUCUUCGGGAAGGGUAUUGCAAGGGUGGAAAAAGUGUUCAGAAAAAAACAGGUGAGCCAAACAAAGAUCCGUGUGAUCUCUACCAUACUCUUCAUCCUGGCUGGCUGCAUUGUCUUUGUGACCAUUCCUGCAGUUAUCUUCAAACACAUCGAAGGAUGGACAGCCUUGGAGUCCAUCUACUUUGUGGUUGUCACUCUGACUACAGUUGGCUUUGGUGACUUUGUAGCAGGAGGAAAUGCUGACAUCCAUUACCGGGAGUGGUAUAAACCCUUAGUGUGGUUCUGGAUCCUUGUUGGCCUUGCCUAUUUUGCUGCUGUCCUGAGUAUGAUUGGAGACUGGUUAAGAGUCCUGUCCAAGAAGACAAAAGAAGAGGUUGGAGAAAUAAAAGCCCAUGCAGCUGAGUGGAAAGCCAAUGUGACAGCUGAGUUCAGAGAGACACGGCGGCGGCUCAGCGUGGAGAUCCAUGACAAACUUCAGAGGGCUGCCACCAUCCGGAGCAUGGAGCGUAGGCGCCUGGGCCUGGACCAGAGAGCCCACUCCUUAGACAUGCUGUCUCCAGAGAAGCGGUCUGUCUUUACGGCCUUGGAAACGGGACGCUUCAAGGCUUCAUCUCAGGAAAGCAUCAACAACAGGCCUAACAACCUGCGCCUUAAAGGGCCGGAUCAGCUCAACAAGCACGGGCAAGGGGCGUCUGAGGACAACAUCAUUAACAAGUUUGGAUCUUCUGCUAAGAUGACCAAAAGGAAAAACAAAGACCUCAAAAAGACCAUCCCUGAGGAUGUGCGUAAAAUUUAUGAGACCUUCCGAAACUACUCCUUGGAUGAAGAAAAAAAGGAAGAGGAGACAGAGAAGAUGUGUAAUUCUGAGAACUCUUCUAGCACUGCAGUCCUGACCAACUGCAUCCAGCAGCACUCGGACCUGGAGAAUGGAGUGAUCCCCACUGAAACCAAAGAAAGGGAACAUGAAAACAAAGCAUUACUUGAAGACAGAAAUUAAAUGUAAAAGAUGCUUGACUUGAAUUAACAAUGUUAGUGUUUUAUAUACAUAUAUAUAUUGAGACACGUGCCUUAUACAGACUCCUUAUUCAGUCUGAAUUAUAUAGCAUCGAAGAAUAUUUCACUGUGCCAUAAAGACUCAAGCUUGCUCUGCCAAAACAAGUCAGGAACACAGCACUGCAGAAUGGCAACAGAAAACUACGCACAUGGAAAUUUCAGCCUGUAUAAGAUUACCAGGGCAAGACGCAAAGGAAGAGGCUGAACCACAGCGAUACCAGCAGAGUGAUAUGACCAUGGCAUAACAUUAGACAAAAGGCAGCUAUGUAAGAGGAGCCUUUGAAAGCGAUAAAAAGGAGUAUAUCUUUGUAAUGGAGUAUGUAUUCAUUAAGCCUUCCCCUGGUGAUUAAAAAGAGGAGAAAUUAUUGGAGUGAACUAGAAACUUUCAGUAAGGCUUAGUUUAUGUUUUGGCACGUGAUCCAAGCUGGAUUUUUUUUUUUUUCCAUUUUUGAACCAGAUGCAUUAUCUUUCUAAACUCCAAACGAAUGUCAAUGGACACAGCCACCAGCUGGAUGCUGGUUUGAAAAAUCAACAGAGACAUAUUUAAGGGUCGGAUUGCUCUUUUCAUUAAAAAAAAAAAAAAAAGAAAAAAACUCUGUGGGUAUUUAUCUUAACCAGUGAAAAAAAAAAUGAAAAAAGAAAAAAAAGAAAAAAGAAAAGAAACAAAUGGAUUUUAUUCUCUUGUAGGAAACAUUCAAUGUAAACUCACAGCAAGAAAGCGCUUAUGAAGAAAAUGCAACAUCUACUGCUAUGUUGUUUAAAAGAAGAGAAACGUUAAUUUAAUGAUAUUUGACUAGGUGUAUAAAACAGUGGGCCAACUGUUUUUUAAAAGAAUUUCUCAUUCACACUUUCUACCACUGAAAAACCUUUCAAUUUUAAUGCUGUAAGACUAUGAAGGCAGAAGGAAAGCUUAUAGCUUUUGCAUGUCAGCAUACUGCUGUUCUCUGUAGCUGAAUUUGAAUUUUUAAAAAUAGAAAUAAGAGCAUAUACAUUAUUCAAAUGAGGGCCAGGGCAACCAUAGAAUCUCAGGGCUCUAUGCCCCUUUUGCUGGGUUUGGGUUUAGACAAGAGCUGCAGUCAUAAUCUCAAAUUAAAAAAAAAAAAAAAAAAGAAAAAAAAAGGAGAGAGAGAAAAAAAGAAAUUUAGGAAAAGAAGUUGAGAAAAAUAUGGUGGUAAUCUUUUAAGUGCUUAUAGCUUUAAGUGCCAUUAAUGCUGUCAUAUUUUGUAACUUUUUAAACAAGUAUUUGGAAUUAUUUGUUUUAAUUUCCUUUUCAGGUAUUAUCUUUUUUUGGCAUUUGCUAUCUCUUUUCUUGUUAAAUCUAAACACGAGCUCUCUGCAUUUCCAGGUUAAAGUGAAGUGUAACCAAAUUGUAGGUAUUUUUAAAAAAUUAUUUGUGGUGUCUGGACGCAUAUAGAUAUAAGACACACAAAUGUCCCUAGACUUCAUAGUAAAUAUUCAAAGAAAAGGCUGCAAAAUAUUUAAUAGGAAUUAUGAAAAACACUUAGUUUUGGUAGUCUCAGCCUGCAGGCUACUGUUUGCCAUUGCAGAUAGAAGAUUUUGCAUGCCAGAAAUGAAAUACAUGAUUGCACCAGCAAUGCCUCCCCUGCGCCUUCUCCAACUCUUAAAUAGUCUUGCAAUUCAAGCUGUAGGCAUAUAGGUAAAGUAAGCAUGGAUGUAGAUGGCAGAGACAUACCGAGUCCCAUAAGCUAGUCAAACGUACAGACGAUAUGGGCACAGACUUCUGGAAUUGCAUGUCCAUAUCUGCAUACACAGAAAUGCAUGCUCCAUUUUCUGUGAUAGCUUCUUAGAUUUCAUGCACAAUGAACCAAUUCAAAAUCUAACUGGUCACCAGAAUAUGAUUGCCAAGGCUAUGAAUAGAAACAUGGCAAUGAAAAUGCAAAUUUUGAGUAUCCAUAUUUGCAUAUCUAAUUGACUCUGCACCAUUUGCAGGAGCAAGCCAAAUAUCACUAGUCCAAAAGAGGAAAAGUUCUUCGUAUGUUCUGUCUGCUGAUUCACUUCACUUGAAAUAUCACAUCAUCUUUCUAAUUCCUUUAUCUAUUUGAAAAUUAAGGAUGAAAAAACAAUGUUUGAAAAAUUUCAGGUCAUUUGGGAUUACUUUAACUCAAUAAGGUCCUACAGAAAUUGCAUUCUGCUUAGGUCACCAAUGAAUCUCUAAAGGCACAGGGCUGUCUGCUGGCUUUGGUGUACUGGAGGCAGGACAGUGAGCCUCAUCCCAGGGAAGGUUCCUGCUGAUUCCAUAGCUGCCCUUGCUUUGGGGCCACACCAUGACAUGGACAGCAGCUUGCAGCCAGCCUCAGACCCAUCCUGCUCAGGCUGCAGGCAGAGGCCAGGGAGAAGCAGGUCUGUUCAACGUAGGAAUCCUCAAGCCCUCCUGACAGUCCUGGUUUUGGGCAGGCAUGGGAUGAAGUAGGGCCUCCAGUGCCACACAUGAGCAAGUCCUCUGAAGUCUUGGAAAUUCAGUGAAGCCUUUUGUGCUCAUUCAGUAGACUCAGGGUGGAUAAAGUACACUUGGAUAUAGUGAGGCUUUCUGUUGUUUAGAUCUGGGGCUUUACUGUAGACUAGUAGAAAGUUAGGAGCAAAAGCUACAAUUCGAGUAUGCAUUUGAAUUGCAGACAAGGUUCAGAAGUGCUCAGACAUGUGAUUCAGGUCCCAUGAAUUAAAGUACUGCCUGGUUACACCGUACUGCACUUUGCUUGUAUUAAGGAUCAGGCACACAAAAGCAAGUCACCUGAGCCUGAAAGCCUGCAGUACAUGCAGAUUGUGCUAACAAUUCUCCAUGGUUACCAAAUGCCAAAAACAACAUCACACAUGCAGUUUUAUUUGCUCUUCAACUGACUUGUCGUCGCAAGAAAUGCUUGCCUGUAAUGGAAAAGUCCUGCAUAGAUGCACAGACAGAUAUGUUACCUCUCUGUGAAAAAUAAGGCUUAGUCAUAGCCAGUACAUUUCUGCAGGGAAAGCUGGACUCAUUGUCUUGUAGGCCUUGUCUGUGAGAGCAAGGAGUUAGUGGGCAAGUCAUGGAAAACACAUCAGCAUGGACAAAAUUGCUGAGGAAGUAAUAUUUGGUGGCCAAAUUCAGAACUGCUUGCUGUGAUGUGAUAGAAGGACAAUGCAGUCCUGGCAUAUUUUUCAUCUCUAAAUUUUCUGAGUUCUGUCUGCAUCUAGCUGAUGGCAUCUGUGGCCAGCUUUGGUUUCUGCCUGCCCAUCCCAUGCAGGAGUCCAUGGCUGACAUUUUACCAAGCUGUGUCUUCACCCGCUUCUGGUUUGGGAUAUGAUUGUUUUAGGGCCAAAGGGUGAUGCUGAAUAAACUCCCAGUGAGAUACAGAACAGAGCAUUGGAUGACAUGAAAGCAAAAAAUUUUUUUUUUCAUUCUGCCCCCCUUCACCCUCAUUUGUGUGUCUGUGAAUCUUGCUGAGAAAGCUGCCAGUCUGCUAGUGGAGUAAAUACUUUCUCCCGUAUGAUUGCCUGUUAAAUUCCUCAAUACACAUCAAUUUGUAUUACAAUGUGGGAAGUGCAAAGGGUGUAUUGUGUAGGGUGGCAGCCAGUGAUGUCUGAAAACUAAAAUGACAUUUUAUUGUCCUACAUUGCUUCUCCCCGGCAAAGGCCAUCUCUGGGUUUUACUUCUAUGUAGCAGUUUGGGAGAGGAUCUCAGUUCAACCAUGAAGUGUUUUGGUGGUUAAAAUUCUCACCUUUUGGAAUUUAGAUUACUUAGAAAAAAAAAUAAUUGUGAUGCUAUUUCUAGUAAGGCUGUUCAACCAUUAUUGCAACUUUUGGCAAAAGAUAGUCUGAAGUAUAUCCAAAUCUCCUUGCACUUAAUUACAACCUUUCACAGCAGCCUAAAAAUAGUCAGACAAAAUGGCGACUUACUGACUUUAACUCUCAGAUCCCGCACUGAGCACAACAUGACUUGACAUGGGAAUUGGGACCUGAAAGAACAAAGGAAACAUGGAUUUUCUGUAGCCGCAGCCCUCACACAUAGAGGAAGACUCAGCUGUCUGUUUUCCUACAGCUUUCAGCUCUGCAAUCCCACUCUCUUCUGUCUUGUGCAGGAGACUUCUGGCACGCUCCUUUGGGGAUCCUCCUGAACCAUUAACGAUCACUGAACUUGUGCAGAUUUUGCAUGAGUGGUUUUGAAAAGGUUUGUAACUUCAUCCAUGUGGCAGUCUGUGAAUUUCUUUGUCUUUUUUUUUACAGGGAACAUUAUUUCUAAUAAACACCUUAUUAGAAAUAAUAGUAAAUAAAAAAGCAGUGAUUUAUAUUAACAAAAUCUGAUUUUUGUUGUUGCUGUGAAAUUAUAAACCAUCUGAGCUUUUGCUGUCUGGCUUUAUGAUGUCUCUAGUAGAAGUCUGCUUCUUCCAAAGCCAUUAAUGGGCGAUGCCAGAGACUUUCUGCAAAAUUCUCUGUAAUCCACGAUAAACAAAACUAUGUCUGUGAGUUCAGGGUGUUAAAAAUCCUGUCCUUAAGAAACCUGUAUUUUCCUGAAGAAUGCGUGUUUAUGCUGUACAUGGGCUGUUUGUUUGUUUGCCAGCUUUGGUUUUCUCAGGGGCUUACUUGUGUUGUCAGGUAGCAUGAUGUCUGCUAGUCUCACUUUUCCCAUCAUCCACUAAAAAUAAAUAACAGGCAAAGACCAAGCUUUAUGUAAUGUUGUAUAUUAAACUGGAACAAGAAGUCUUCUGCUAAACAGAUAGAUACAAAUGUAAAGGGUGACUGGGAACUGCUUCAGUCCUUUCCAUACCUCUGUUCGUUUUGAACUAUGCUUUCUUUAAUCUAAGACCAAAAUCUGCUCCCAUCAAAGUCAGUGCAGUAAAGAGGAGCUAGCUUCUUAUUUUUAAGCUUUUUAAGGUAAAGAUUUGCUGUUUGGGCAUUGAAGUGUUAUUUGCACUUACCGAGAUGGCGUUAUGUCAAUACUAAAUACAAAUAAGCCCAGCUUCAGAAAUGGUUCCCUAGGCAAUAAAAUAUCAAUGAAAACACAAAUGCAAAUCAACACAAAUCUGUGGAACUCAAAUAGAAGCUUGUAGAUUAAUGUAUGAAACUAGUUGCCUGAAAUAUAUCAUCACAGAAAUGCAGAUUUGGAAGUUCCUGUAGGUUGCCUAAUUUUUCCCAAGGUCCCCAUCUUGUUCCCUACCAGUAGCAGUUAGUCUUGUUAAUACCAUUGCUGAUUUGAAGCACAAUUGUUCCUGCCUGCCAGCACAACUCAAGUACAUAAUGAUGUUAGACCAUGUUGACUCACACUGAUGAAAUCAAACACUCUAAAGAAGCAGUUUGCAAAAGGUAAUUUGGGGUUGUCCUGAUGAAGCCAGCACAUACUCUGGGAGCUGGAUCAUGCUGGGUUGAAUAGGUCAGUCUAGAAGCACAGAGUAUUCUGAGUUUGAAAAGAUCCACAAGGAUCAUCGAGUCCAACUCCUGCACAGGACCACCCAAUCUAAGGGCAGGUCUUGUCCACAGUGCUGGUGAGUACUCAGGAACUGACUGAAAAAAGGCGCUAUGCGAACACGUGCAUGUGCCUUCAUGCAGCCCAUGCAACCAGUUCUUGCACACAGAUUCAGUGGUGGUGCCUGCCACUCCAUGCAGGUAGGCAUCAGUUUGUGCUCCGUCAUAUCUGCAGACAGGUCAUGUCUCAGCCAAAUCUUGCCACUAAUACCUACACUGCUUUAGGGGAAAGGGGGCAUUUCUCUAGCAAGUGCCCCUUUGAGACAAUUAGGAUGUGCUUUUCUUGGCUGAGCAAGUUGAGAGCAAAUCACAAGCAGGUGAUAUGUGGCGUGUAAGAGAAUAUUUUAGUUUCCCAAAUAUGUUUCACCCACACUCUCUUUUUCCUUGUGAGAACUGGGUGCUUAAAGAGGAAAGUUUAUAGUGCCUAUUGUGAGAUGUAAGCCAAACAUAGCAGCCUUCAGCCUCCCAUUUAGCAGUUUUCCAGAUCCUGGAGUCAUGUAGUAACUAUUAUAAGGAAAAGGCAGGAUUUGUAUCUGGAUAACAGCUUUGCAAAAAUUCAAAUUUGUUCAGGCAAAUGUUCCAAUGCAGUUUUAGGCUCAUUUUUUCUAGUACAAAUUGAUCUAGACCUUGUGGACUGGGCUGAUAAACCACGAUUUUCUUUUUCUCUAAAAUUUGGGGAAACAUUUUGGUGGGAUGGUGGUCUAUUUAUUUUAUCCUGAUCAACUUCAAAUCAUAGUAUAAGCAAUCAGAAACCUACUUACAAAGCUAUUCUAUCUACUCUCUUGUCUCUGCCUCUCUUUCUCUUCCGUUCUCUGUAAGAUUUUAUGGUGCUUUAGAACGGCAUUUUCAGAAAAGGGACAGUUUCAUAAAUGUCAUUAUCAGGGUACAAAGCAGAAUGUGCUUGUACCGUCUUGAUAAGUUUUGCUGCUAUUGUCUUUAUUAUAUGAUGUAAUGUUUUACUAAGAUGGAAAAAAAGCAACAAAGACCUUCUAAAUGAUGAAAACA